CAUUUUACUGAAACUUCUCAACAUACAGCACCACCACUUUUAGGACAUACUUCUUCUCCCAACACACCUUUUACUCUGGGUAGCUCGGAGCGGUUGGGAACACGAGAUCGAAAUCCUGUCCAGAUGAAAGUGCUAGAAGAUGUUUUUGGUACUAUCGUACAGUGCUUCAAGCGUCAUGACGCUGUUACUAUUGACACUCCGGUGUUCGAAUUAAAGGUUUGGAAGUACUCACAGGCAAAUACGGAGAAGACUCAAAACUUAUAUACGACCUCAAGGACCAGGGAGGAGAGAAAAGUAUAUCGCCGAGAUCAACCUGCUAUGACCCGUGGUCGCUACCGCGAGUUCUAUCAAUGCGAUUUCGACAUCGCUGGAGAUUAUGGUCCGAUGCUCGCUGAUGUCGAAUGCAUACGUAUAAUAUAUGAAAUCCUGUCGGAGUUGGCUUUGGGCGAUUUCGUCAUCAAGAUCAACCAUCGCCGUCUUUUGGACGGUUUGUUCAAAGCGUGUAACGUUCCAGCCGAAAAAUUCACGGCAACCUGUUCGGCAGUUGACAAACUGGAUAAAAGUCCCUGGGAAGCAGUUCAAAGAGAACUGUUAGAAGAAAAAGGUCUUAAUCCAGACACAGUGGACAAAAUCGGGCAGUAUGUGCAGUUGAACGGCACACUGGGUUUGGUGGAUCGACUUGAGGCAGAUGAACCGCUCAUGCAACAGGAAACUGCCCGCGAAGCACUCACUGAUAUUCGAUUACUUCUGUCGUAUUGUGAGGCGUUGGGUAUCCUUGAACGUGUGCGAUUCGAUCUGAGUCUUGCGCGCGGACUAGACUACUAUACCGGCGUAAUUUACGAAGCUGUUCUGACUGGUAUGUCCACCGGUCCGUUAACUAAAGUAUUAUAUUUUGUUUCUAUUCCAUGUUACCAAAUUAUCUCUGUUGCGAAGCAACUAUGUAAAUGUUAG